UGCCUCCCCUCCUCCUCCUGAGGCCCCAUCCCCCCUCCCUCCCUCCCUCCCUUGGGUCGUCCUUGUGCCUGAGGCAGAUGGCCUGGGUCCUGUCUCCUUCCUCCCCCCGCCAUGGGUCCCCCGGGGGUUGUCCGGUCUGGGAGCUGGCAGUGGCGGAGGCACUGGGGCCCCAGGAGGAGGAAGAGGAGGGCCUGGGCCUGGGCCACCUGCGGUCCCUGUGCCUGCGGGGGUCUUCGGGGCCCCGGGAGGCCUGCAGCCGGCUCCACAUUCUCUACCGGCGGUGGCUGCAACCGGAGCGUCGGAGCAAAGCCCAGAUGCUGGACCUGGUGGUGCUGGAGCAGCUGCUGGCCCUCCUUCCGUCCCGAGAGAUGGAGGCCUGGGUGCGGGAGUGUGGGGCCGAGAGCAGUGCCCAGGCUGUGGCCCUGGCAGAGGGCUUCCUGCUCAGCUGUGCCCAGGCCAGCAAUGGCAAGGAUGGCGAUAGGGCCCCCGAGGCCCUCCUGGUGCCAGGGAAAGGGGUGCCAGAGGAGCCUCCGCCAGACGUGGGACUGUGGCAGGAAACUGGGGGAGGCUGCUGCGCCGUCCCAGCUAAUCACUCCAGCCCUUCAUGGAUUUGUGCCAGAGAGGGUACGGAGGCUGCAGACUCACCAGGCCAGUGUCCAGUGGCCUUUGAGGAGGUGGAAGUGCGCUUCACAGAGGAGGAGUGGGCACUGCUGGACCCAGACCAGAGGACCCUGCAGUGGGAGGUCAUGGUCGAGAACUACGGGAACCUGGCCUCGCUGGGCAAUGCCACGGGCAACAAGGGAGAAUAUGAACCACCAAGGAGUGAGGCUGGAGUGCGGGAGGAGUCCACUUGUUCUGGAGGCACCCACCAUCCGGGGAUUUCCACUCAGGAGGAGCACCAGGAAAGGAGCAGAAGGCAGGUGUCCCCUUCUGCUGCUGCCUGUGCCAGGAGCCCUGUGGCCCCAGUGGAUGGCCGAAGGCCCAUGAGGGUCCCCAAGGAGGAGGCUGUGCUGAGCUGUUCAGAGUGCGGAAAGCACUUCAACCGGCGUUACAGCCUGACACGGCACCAGAGAGUCCACACAGGGGAGAAGUGGUGGCUGUGCCCGGUCUGCGGGAAGAGCUUCAGCCAGAGGUACCACCUGACGCGGCACCAGCGGAUCCACACAGCCGAGGAGUGGUGGCUCUGCUCAGUCUGCGGGAAGGGCUUCCGCUGCAGCAACAGCCGUGUGCGGCACGAGAGGAUCCACACGGGGGAGAAGCCUUUCCAGUGCUCCGAAUGCGGGAGGCGCUUCAGUGAGAGCUCCACUUUGUAUAAGCACCAGCGGGUGCACACGGGGGAGAAGCCCUACAAGUGUGUCGAGUGCGGGAAGACCUUUCGCCAGAAGAUUAACUUGACCCGGCACCGCACUGUCCACACAGGAGAGCGGCCAUACCCCUGUCCUGAGUGCGGGAAGAGGUUCAGCCAGAAGGUCAGCCUGACGCUGCACCACACCAUCCACACAGGGGAGAAGCCCUACAAGUGUGUUGAGUGCGGGAAGAGCUUCACUCAGAGGAUAAACCUGGCCUCCCACCAAAGGACCCACACGGGGGAGAAGCCCUAUCAGUGUCCCGAGUGCGGGAAGAGCUUUAGUCGCAGCAACAGCCUUGCCGACCAUUUGAAACACCACAGGAGCAUCUGCCACAUGGAGCUGCUCUCGCAGGAGGUGCCUUAGGGCAAGAGAAGUGGAGGGAGCUCCUGCUGUGAAGGCAAGGGAUUUGCCACAUAGAAGGAGCUGAACCCAGGUUCUUCAGACACAUCCUUGCAAGGAAAACCUUGGAGACUUUGAUGGGUUGCUCAUCCCGGAGGACUUGAUUAACUUGCAAUGGCAGCUGGCUGUUGGCGCAGGAGCUUUUGGGGAGGAGGAGGAGGAAGAGUCCCCAGAGGAAGGAAAGGCUUAUGGGACACUGCUGUCCCCAUAGACUUGGGAGCCACUUUGAACUCCCCUCUCCACCAGUGUCCAGAGUGGCUCCAUUCUUUUCCAGCAUCUUCCAUCCCCCAGAAGCAUUGGCAGCUAGCCCUGGGCAAGUGUCCUGGAAGGUGUUGAUACCUCCCUGUGGGCUGAGAAGUGCAUUGGCCAGCGUUAGAAGAGCCGCAUUGUAGCAGGAACAGACCCCCAGGAUCUCCCGUUGAGGGCCACCUGUUUCUAAGGGUACCUCCAGUGGGCCCCACAGAGGCCGAUCAGGCAAGAGGGAUGGUGGCUAUUAUCCCCUCUCUGGUGCCCUCCAGAGCUGCCUGCCUCUGAUCUUGGAAUGUGCAUCUCUCCUGUUGCUGUCAUGGCUACCAGCUGAUAGUAGACUUUGUCUUUGUGAACUUUGCUUUCCCAAGAUCUAAGGAAAAUCAAUCAUCCCAAAAAAGAGGACAUAUCUGAGUGGGAAGAUGGGGUUAAAGGGUUCCUCCUCAACAUCCUGUCUAUUCUGUAAUGUACUUUUUUCUAUAUUUUCUAUUGUUUUUUUUACUCUCAAUUGUCAGGUGAUAAUUAUAAUAAAUGGCAUUCAUUAAAAAGCAAAACUUAAAGUGUAUUUGAUGUAUGGAAAUUUCAACCUGCAGCCAUGCAAAGGAACCGAUAUAUAUUUGCACCCCUCUUUCCCUUCAGCGGUUGGCCUUAUGGAGCAGUAAGUGCCUCCAGGCAGAGACCUGUCUGUAUUUGUUCCUGGAAGGCGGGCCUUUUGCUCAGAGAAAGUGUGCCAGAAACAUGGCAGCAGGAGGAAGUGGCGGCAGUAGCUUUCCAGCCAUGUCACAAGGGGUGCUUUGAUUGUGAGUUCCUGCAUGGAAGAAUGGAGUUGGACUAGGUGACCCUUGGAGGUCUCUGCUUGGGAGGGGCAGCCCUGCUUGGCUGGGAGGAAUAGAGCAGGUUGCCUCCAAUCCCUGGGGUACUUGCUAUCAAAAUUAAGUUUACUUGUAUGCUAAACAACCACAAGAAAUUUGAUUCGCUAAAGAAUCCUCUUUAGCUGUGGCCUGCCAGAAUAUCUAUGUAUCCAUAUCUAUGAUGCUUUACUUAACAGAACACCUGUGGAAGAAAUAAAGCACACUUGAUGUAAAAUUAAUUGUUUUG